AGCGCACUCAGGUCUAGCAAUAUUAAUGAUGGCCCAACUGCUCCGACUCUCUGCCCGGUUCUCAACGAUUCUCUGGGCCGAUCCGAUGUGAUCCGAUGCCCUGCCCUCCAGCCAAAGGCUAUAAAUAUGAUUGACUAGCCCGGCCAAUCGAGCAGUGAAAUUUUGAGUUUCGUUUCGCAAAGCCAGCCAGCCAGCCAGCCAGUCCGCAGGAGCAGUAAUCGAAUGGGAGUCAUGUUGGUCAAGGUCUUGAUGUUCGCAUUGUGGCUCGUGGCCCUGAGCCAGGCGAAGCCCCAGCUGUUGGUCACGACGCCAGUGAGUUAUGCCACCGGAGCGGGUGCCUCUUGGCUGGCUCCCUCCUCCGCCGCUUACUAUCCGGCGUAUGCCAGCUAUCCGGCCUACGCGGCGUAUGCGUAUGCACCGGUUUAUGGCGCAUACGCCACGUAUCCAUACUACUCGUAUCUAGGGCGGUGAAUCCUGCUGCUGCGGGCCAACCGGAAUACUAGGUGAAUUUGUAGCUAUUCCGGGCUUGUGUACAGUGGCAGCAAUGUUCCACUUACUAGAAGCAGUGUGAUUGGAUUUACAAACGUAAGCUGAGUAUAAGAAAUUAAUAACUUUUUUGUUUGGUAAAUGUAAAAAAAAUAUUACUCAAAGUGAUUGCAAUUGCUACAACUAAUAUAACAUUUAAAGUGUCCCUUGUGAAAUUAAUGUUCCUUAGAUUUAUAACUAAAAUCUAUAGCUUUCUUUUGAAAUUGAAAAUUGGCCCACCUUUAGAUAAUUCUUUAAGAUUAUUAAUAAACAAUCCUUGUAUAAAUAUAACAAAUAUCGAAAUGCAAUAAAUAACUGUCAACUCG